UCCCGUUAGGGUUCCGCGCGAAUCCUUUGCGUAAAGCGCCAUCUUUUGAGCAAGCAGGAGCACUCGGCACUUCGAAGGUUCUGGACAUCGAAGGUUCCCGCACAUAUGCGGGAUAUGAGUCAAUUUGGACGGCGUGCUGUGUACCUGUCGGUGAGAUGUUUUCACGUAGGAAGGGCGCAGCAUGCGAGAAAAGAGAUCGGUGUGCUCGGCAUGCCGCUGGCACACGGACAGAGAAAAGCUGGAGUGGAAGAAGGACCGAAAUUUCUUCGAAAUGCCGGUGUCCUGGAUAGGCUCAGGGAGCUAGGGCAUGAGGUUCACGACAGAGGUGACGUCACAAUCGAAGGCUUACCCAAUGUGCGGGACGGAAAAGUCCUGGAAAGUUCUCUCGUCGGUACCACCGCUAGAAACGUAUGUGAUGCUGUAGAAAACAUCGUGUCAGAAGGCAAGAUAUGUUUAACACUUGGAGGAGAUCACAGUUGUGCCAUUGGUACCAUCGCUGGCCACGCCGCGGCGACCCAUUCCGAUGUAGCCGUCAUCUGGGUAGAUGCUCACGCUGAUCUCAACACGGCCAAAUCUACCAACAGUGGAAGCAUUCACGGCAUGGCAGUAUCCUUCUUGAUUCAUGAAAUGGAACCCUUUACAACUAAGCCUAACGGAUUAGAGUGGAUUCGACCAUGCGUGCACAAAGAAAAUUUUGCUUACAUCGCCUUGAGGGAUGUGGACAGUUACGAAAGGUACUUCAUCGACCAUGUAGGCAUCCCCUGUUACAGCAUGGACGACAUUGACAGAUAUGGCAUCCGCGAAGUCGUCCAGAGGGCCAUAAGGAGGGUGAAUCCUACUGGAGCCAAACAGCUUCAUGUAAGCUUCGACAUUGAUGCCGUUGACGAGCAGGUCGCACGCAGCACGGGAACUCCAGUUGUUGGUGGUCUGACUGUUCGUGAGGCCCUAGUCAUCGCUGAGGAAAUCAGCCGGACAGAUAGCCUGAAAGUUUUGGACAUGGUUGAAGUUAAUCCUAAGUUAGGGACGCCGGAAGAACAGGACAGAACUUUAAAAUGUGCAGUGAAGAUCAUCGCCAGCUUCUUUGGCAGCCAGCGUCGGGGAAACUUGCCGUGCGACGUGGAUACAGCUAUCGUUGAUUGAUCAGAAUUCGGAUAGUACGAAAAUCAGUAACGUAAAGUCUGUAUGAGUGCUGUUCCUGGUGGGCACAUGUACGUGCGUAAUUAUCCGUGUCCACGUGAUCACAUUUAAAUUCCCGCUGCGGACUUUUAAAAAAAUUAUUUCGGAUUAUAAAUUAACCACGCUCAAAAUUUCAGUACGCAAAAUGCAAAUACCAUCAGUGAACAUAACGCUCUUCGAUGAGCUUUCGAAAGAACCCGCAAAAACUUCAUAGUUUCGGAUUCUCCAAGAGUACAGGUGACACCGGCCGGCGUCCGUCUCCUAGCAGCAGCGCGCGUCUCCGUUCUCUGCGCCACAUUGGAAGACUGCCAGCAGCUGUGGUAUAAGGAGACAGAAAUUGAACCUUCGAGGAACAACGUUGCCAGACGCGUUGGGAGAUCUUUGGGUGAUAAAUCUGGCAGGAUUCUGAAGAGACGAGUGACACCUUAGCGCGCACGGAAAUCGUUUUUAGAGAGUCAUGGUGCUAAACAAAAAAUAACAUUUUCAACAACGGAUUCUGCUUCCGAGCUGCGAGUCAGCGGGACUUUGAAGACAUAAGCUAUAGCAGGUAGCUGUCGAGCUGCGAUAGUGAUGCUGCGACAUGGAGCUAAAAGCCAGACACUACAAGAAUGGAGCAUCGCAUUGAAUUGUGUAAAUAAAACUGGGCUUCCUCUCUCGCCCCUCAAAACCAA